AUCUCAUUCAGAUACUUUGAUUAUAUAUACAUCAAACCACAUGGAGACAUUCAUAUGCAUGAGUUAGUCGCUCAUUCAAUGGCGCAGAAAAUCCUUUAUCUAUAUAUCUACGAGUAAGGUUUUGAUGAUUCUAUGAUGAAUAAUAGAUAAUGCCAAUGAGAUUCUAAGCUCAGGAGGUACCUCGGCUUUUGCUCGCGAUCUGACUUUUUUUCUCUUUGUUAAUAUAUGUAUGACUCUUCAUCCUGAAUUUGAAUAUCUAUAAUUCUUUUUGGCUAUUCUCUUUAAAAAGCGAUUUAUUUUAUCCCUUUCAAUGAAUCCUUCUGGUGCUGGAACGUGUGCUCAGAUUGCUAGGCAGGAUGGCAAUGGUAAAAAUGGUACCCGGAAGAAGAAUGAUAAUGGUGGAAAUAUUCAUGAUCAGCUAGCUUUAGAGGCAUCGACGGCAGCCAAGGCGAUUGUCCCAGUGGAUAUAAAAUUAUCAAAAGACCAGAAGGGAUGGAGGAGAAUAGUUAGAAAUUUCACUCCUUCGUAUGUAACUUCUACUUCCUUCCACACCACCCCCCGGCGGAUUUGGCGAGAGAAAAAUACUCUCAAAGUUGAGAUUGCUACCCUCUUUAUCCCCCUCAUACCUAUAUUCUAACAUCCCAAACUCCGUAGCUGGUUCUCUGUAACGAUGGGUACGGGAAUCGUUUCCAUCCUCCUACAUAAUCUCCCCUAUAAUGGCGCCUGGCUCAAAUAUAUCUCCAUCGUUAUAUUUGUGCUUAAUAUCUUCCUCUUUUGUACUUUCUUACUCGUGUCCCUGUUGCGAUAUAUACUGUAUCCGCAAAUUUGGAAAGCUAUGAUACGGCAUCCGGCGCAGUCGCUUUUCUUGGGUACGUUUCCAAUGGGACUGGCGACGAUUGUUAAUAUGAUUGUUUUUGUUUGUGUGCCGGCUUGGGGGCCAUGGGUUGUUGAUUUGGUGAGUUUAACUUGGAAAAUCUAGGGUGUUGGGCUGUGUAAAAGUAAAUAGAGACUAACUGUGUGUGAUGAAGGCUUGGACUUUGUGGUGGGUAGAUGCAGUUAUUUCUGUAGCGACUUGUUUCUAUCUCCCUUUCGUAAUGUACUUUCCCCCUUCCUCGAAUUAUACAAACCAUGCCGCUAAUCUUCAUCCCAGUAUGUCCCUUCACACAGUUGAACUGUCCACCAUGACUGCUGCGUGGCUUCUCCCAAUUGUCGCUCCCAUUGUCGCAUCUGCUUCGGGGGGUAUUGUCGCUUCCGUUCGUAAGUAACAUUGCUUUCCUGAUCUUAAGAUCCAAAUACACCUAGGAUUUUCAUCAUUUGCAUUCUCUCUACUUUUCAAAGCAACUUACAACUCCAUCCACCCCUUUAAACCCCUCUUACUAGCAAACAAACAACUAACAUCCAAUUUCAGUCCCCAACCCACAACACGCCCUCUGGACUCUCAUCAUAUCCUACAUCCUCUUCGGCACCGGAUUCCCGCUGGCAAUGACCAUCCUAGUAAUCUACUUCCAACGUCUAACCGUCUACAAACUUCCCCACGAGUAAUCGUCUCUGUCUUCCUGCCCCUAGGUCCCCUAGGCCAAGGCGGUUUCGCACUCAUGCAACUAGGAAAAGUAUCACUAACCCUCUUCCCUCUCACCCACACUCUCCCCUUUGUCCCCUCUCCCGGCCCCAUCCUCUACACCCUCGGCUUCCUCUUCGCGCUCAUAAUGUGGGGUUUCGGUCUCCUCUGGUUAUUCUUCGCCCUCGCAUCUAUAUCCCGCUCUCGCUUCCCCUUUAACAUGGGCUGGUGGGGCUUCACAUUCCCCCUUGGUGUUUUUACCGUUUCUACAACUAUGAUUGGCGAGGAAAUCCCAUCGAGAUUUUUUAGAAUCCUAGGAACUGUGUUCAGUGUUUGUGUGACGGGAUUGUGGGUCAUGGUUGUGGUAGGGACGGUCAAGAAGGCUAUUUGGGGUGGUCUUAUUUUUGCGCCUUGUUUGAAGGAUGUAGAGGGGGCGGAGAGGGAAGCUAGGGAACA